UUAAACCUUUAAUUUUUUCUUAAAAUUUGGGAUUGUGAGGUUUUUGUGGCUUUUCCUCAGUUAUUAUGGUUAUAAAUAUGGAAACAUAAUGCUAAAUAUUUAAGGAUUUAAACAAUAUAGGAGUCGAAGAGCGUACGAAGUAACAAAAACACACUUGAAUCCUUCUCCACAGUGCUUCAAAGGGAGAUAAAUGCGGCACUUCCGGUAAAUUUGGACAAAGAAAUUUGCAGUAACAUAAUAAUGAAAUAAUAUAAAUUUAGCAGAUUGUCACACAAUUUAAAGACAGUAAUUUGAUUAGGUAGAAUGGCUUCUCCCCCUAAUAUACAACAGCUGUCUUUACAACCAGUUCAGCCACAAGCAGACCAUGCUGAGAGCUCCAGUCAAUCAUUAUUAAAUGUCUCCCUAAAGUCGUCUCCUUCCACGCUUAGUUUGUCCAGUCCAGAGGGGAUUGACUGUUAUGGAAAUGAGCGGCAAGUUCUGACGAAACAGACCAAAUUUUACAACAAUGAAGCACUGAGUGAUAUUGUCCUGACAGUUGGAGGCAACAAGUUUUAUGCACAUAAAUUUAUACUGGUUCAGUGUAGUGAUGUGUUUGAAAGGAUGCUCAGUGAAGAUUGGAGUAACAGUGAGAAAAAGGAAGUAGAAUUGGUAGAAGAAAAUGAAUGUGUUGAAGUAUUUCCACGAUUUCUAAAGUUUUUAUACAGUUGCCAUAUCAAACUUAACAUGGACAAUACAUUACCUGUCCUCAUUCUAGCCGAUAAAUACAAUGUUACCAGUCUAAGACAGGUCUGUACGAACUUUGCAUGCUCUUUUAUCAUUCCAAAGCUACAACUGAAAGAUGUGUUCCAUCAGUGGUUCCAGUACGGCACAAAAUGUUACCAUAAACAACUAAUCACUUCCUGUGUCAAUGUUUUGGCAGAGAAAAUGGACGAGGUUAUUGGGUCUGUUGAGUGGGAGCAAGAAUGGAUAAAUCUUGACAGAGAUCAACUGGUGGAAUUUUUACGAAGUUCAGAUCUGAUUGUGAAAGAUGAAUACGAACUAUGGAAAGCUGCUGUAAAAUGGCUGACUUCAUCACAGCACCAAGCUCGUCUAGAUAACCUUGAAACUAACUUACAGGAAAUUGUUAAAUUUAUAAGAUUUCCAAUGAUGUCUCCUCAACAGUUAUGUGAGAUUGAAAGAGCAGACAUAGUACAGAAGCAUCCAGAACUAUUUCAGAAGCCAUUUUUACUGGCUUAUAAAUACCAUGCUUUAACAUUGACAGGACGAGCACAUGAAAAAUGUUUUACAUCGCCUGCUUGUCUGCUGAGAAACUACACAGAUCUACGAUGGGAAAAACGAUUUGUAAUUCAUUACCCAUCAUGCCAGAGAUUUAAUGAGAUCAGUGAAAGAUUUUCAACCAGAGCAUCGUCACUUCCUGUUCAAGUUUGGGAUUGGGAAUUGAAAGUCUUUCCAAAAGGCUUUAGUUCAAAUGCAGAUGACUUCAGAUGUAUAUUGUAUUCAAAUCUGAUCUUAGACCAACCACGACCAAUUGAGUAUUUAUUGUCUAUAGUUGGAAAGGAUGAAAUUAUUCAUUCUGUUUUUGGGAGGAAAAGUUUCUCCAAAACAAGGUACACAGCUGAUACAGAAAUGGACAAGAAAGUUGGUGUAGGAGAGCUUGCCCAAUCAAAUUCUCCCUACCUUGUUGAUGAUAAAUUGAUCUUACAGAUAUCACUGAAACCAGUAGAUUAAGAAUAGAUGGGGAAUAAUUGUCUCAAAGGUGUUGAAAUUUACCUUUAUGUUAAUUGUAAAAGCACUUUUCUUCAUUUGUACACCAUUUUUUUAUUCAAAUUACCGUAUACAAAAAAGUUGUAUUUUCUGGGAUGUUUAUGUAUGUGUUGAUCCUAUUUGACUAUUGAUUUUUUUUAUUCAUGCGAUAAUGUUUAUCUUGUGUCUCAUGCAAUAUUCUUUUUACCAAUGACAUAGAUAAACAAUCUUGAAGAAAGAUAAUGCAAAUUGGUGCAAACACUAAUCAUGUGUUAAUAAAAUAGAAGUCACCAUUAAUGAAAUAUUCCAGAUAAAAAAAUCUUACAAGAUAAGAACUUAAACAAGUAGUUGGGAAUCAGGGCUCUUUAGUCAGGGCCAUUAUAGUUAUUGCUUGUUAUUUUGUUUAUGCAUGUUAUAUAUCAUUAUUGUUACUGUGAUAUGAUUAGGGCUGUUCCAAAAUUCAUCAGGUGGGGGAGUGGGAGGCAAUCAGAUUGAAUGAUAAAAUAUGAGUGGCAACAUUUUCCUUAAAAUUUUGUAAGAAGUAAAAUGAAAAUUUUGAUUAAUUGGUGGUUGGGGUCUUAAAAAUUGCCUCCCAUGUCCUCAUGGGUUUAAUUCUGAAACAGCACUUAGUUAGAAGUCCCUUAUACAUGUCAUUGUUAUGAUUUUUGUCAGGAUUUUUUUUUUACAUUAAGUAUUUAUUUGAGUAAGUAUUACUUUGAGGGGGGAUAGGACCUUUAUCGGGACUCCGGGAUCAGGUGUUUAUAAGCUCGGGAUUUCGGGAUUGACCCUUUCGGGAUCCGGGAAUUCUUUAUUUGGGGACCUCUGGAUUUCGUGUUUUUAAGUCCGGGAUUUCGGGAUUUUGUGUUUUUAAGCCCGGGAUUUCGGGAUCAGGACCCCUCCUACCCCUUCUUACUUUCUUAACACAAAUUAAGAGAAAUGUAGAAAUAUGUGUUAAUGGAUCUAUUCAGUAAAUCAAGGAUUUGUAUAGUUAGACUAUACAAAUCCUUGAGUAAAUGUAUUGCAUUAUGGGAACAAUAAAUUUGUUUAAGAUUUUUCUUUGAAAAAAACAUCUCUGGAAGCUGCAGAGAAUGCACAUGUAUUGUAAUUGACAAGGUCAAAGUUUAUUUUGGGAAUUGGUCUGCUGAACUUUGUUUGUCAAAAUUGAGUGAUUAUUAUGUUGCAAUAUAUUCAUUAAAUUUUUUUGAUAUUGUAAAAAAAAGUGUUCAGUCCCAGUGGGGUUUUAUAAGACAGUUUUUGUUUAUUAUUGAUAUGUUGCAACAUAACCAUAUUUUUGUCAGUACAUUUUUAUUAACUAUUUAUUUGACUUAAUUGUCUCUCAGAAUUUGAAUAAAAUCAUUCAUGUUUUCAUGCUGGCCCUGUAACCAUAUAAACAAGAAACACUAAUAUAUUUUAGGCGCUUUAAACAAUGGAUUUGAUAAACAUUAUUCUGUAGUUAUAUCAUUAUAAUUUAAAUAUAAAGGCAUGUCAUAUAAAAAAGAAGAUGUGGUAUGAUAGCCAACUAUCCACGAAAGACCAAAAUGACACAAACAGUAACAAUUAUAGGUCACCGUACGGCCUUCAACAAUGAGCAUGUUUAUCAUCAUUUAAAAAAAAGGAUGUAAGAUUUAAAGUACCUUUGGCUUUGUUCUACAAACUUCUGACAAAGUAGCUGGUAAUAAAAUUACAGGAUAGGAUCCAGGAAGAAACAAAAGUUUCUGGCUAACAAACCUUCUUUUAAAACCUGAAAUUUCUAAAAGAAAAAGAAAAUACAGUACAAUUGACCACUUGCAAUAAAUUGGCUGACAUGCAAUGCUAUAUUGCUUUUUGAAAAAUCAUGAAAUAUCAUCAAUACUUAUAUAUUACAUAACUUACAUUCACAUUUUAAAAUUUCAUGUAGCUUAUUAGAUUUUUGUUUACCUUAGUGUCUUAAUUUUGAUCUCCAAAUAUUUUUUCAACUAUAUUUCAAAUUUUCCACAAUUCUUGUGCACUGCUAAUAUAUAUUUGAAUUCCAUAUUGCAUCUACAUGUAGUGUAACAACUUAAAAGUUUAUAAAUUUUUAUGUUUUGAUAUAUAAAUCAUAGGUUGGUUAUCAUGAUUAUUGGAGAUGGUUAACAGACCCUGACCCCUCCAUUCCCCUAAGAAACUUUGUCUCAACAAUAUAUAAGUGCAAUUUAUUUAUAUUAGUAUAGUAAAAUAAGGAGAUGUGUAUGAUCAUGAUGAUUGUAAGCGAGACAAGUACCCACUUAAAUUAUCAAAAGAAUAAGGACAUGAACAACUACAGAUCACGGUACAGACUUUAAUUAUAAGUAAGACCUGUACCAUGUAGUAAGCUAUUAUGACAAAUUGAGACAUUAUUCACUAUACUACAAAACUAGUUAAUGUAACACUUU